GAAUCGAGCUGGGCCCAACUUAGCCCACAGAAAUCGUUGUCUUCUUUGGCUCACCUCCCCCUCCUCUAAAACCUCUGAUAACUCUGAACUUCGUCGUCUUCUUCUUCUGCCUAGCUCUUCUUGGCGAACUUCACAGCCCAUACGGACACAAAGUUAACAGUAGGCAUUUCGACUUUUACUUUACUUGAGAUAUCUGUAUUUGAUAGAAAUGGGUUGGAAAGCUGCUGAGAAACUGAUUAGGCACUGGAAGGUUCUCAGAGGAGAUAAUGUGAUGAUAAUAAGGGGCAAAGACAAGGGUGAUACGGGUAUUAUCAAGCGAGUCAUUCGCUCUCAGAAUCGUGUUAUUGUGGAAGGAAAAAAUCUGGUAAAGAAACAUAUCAAGCAAGGCCAAGGUCAUGAAGGUGGGAUAUUUACUGUCGAAGCCCCACUUCAUGCCUCAAAUGUGCAAGUUGUUGAUCCAGUGACAGGGAGGGCUUGUAAAGUUGGUGUUAGAUAUCUUGAGGAUGGAACAAAAGUUCGAGUAUCUAGAGGAAUAGGGGCAUCGGGAUCUAUAAUCCCUCGUCCUGAGAUCUUGAAGAUAAGAACCACUCCAAGACCUACUGUUGCUGGUCCAAAGGAUACUCCUAUGAAUAUUGUGUUGGAAAAGACUUAUGAUGCUAAAACAGGGAAGGGCAUGGCUGAACUUUGAGAGAGUUAAUUUUCCACUCAUUCUAUGUCAGAUGGAAGAUGUUGCAGGAAAAAUGGGAGCAUAUUAGUUCUCAUAUGUUUGCCAAAAAUGAUUAAGAAUUUCUUGUACCAAACUUGUGCUCUGUUUUUGUUAUUUAUUUCUUAGGUUCAAGGUCAUCAAUUUACUUAAUUAUCUUGUUUCCUUGUUUAAA